ACACCAGCCAGCCUCUUUCUUUCUUUAUUUUGCUUCUUUCUUUAUUUCUUUCUUGUCCUUCAUACUAUGUACCAUGAGGUAAGUACUAUAAAAUAACUCAUUCUCUGAGAGCUUAUGUGGCUACUAAGUGAACAUUCUCAGUCCACCAAGCUUUGCUCCCUCCCCCAGCCCUGGGAAGCAAUCUAUAAAGCAAUAAAUUUCCCAGUCAUGGACCCAAUGACCAUAAAAGCCUUUCCCCUGAUCCUUAUCACAAGUUGACUACCAGCCGCUGAUUUCUAGUUACAUGGAGUACAAAGGGGAAGUUAGUCGCUAUGCCUUAAAGCAUCUGUCAAAACUGGCAAAGGCCAGAAUCCAGAUUCGUGUCCUGUACUCGACUGGCACGUCGUGGACAAAAAGAGAAUUUAAGUUAGAGGGUCUCUGCCAAGGGAAAUUAGUGGGUGCUGGGCAUUCUGCUUUCCCACGACCCCUCUGGAAUUCUGUGGCUCUUCUAGAAAGGUAUAGAUUUUCCCCAGGAAAUACAUGGGGCGCAACUGAAUUAUGUGUGGAGACACAAGCGUUUCAGGUCAAAAGUUCAGACUGAUGCGCUGAUAAGUUUAGAAAAACACUGGGAACCGAAUAAAAGCCACUGUAGGGGCCCAAUAGGACACGUACAGGACAGCGUUAGAAUAUGCCAGAGAAUGAGGCUCCAUGAAUUCCCCUCCUCGCCUGGGGCCCCUUUGUGCUGCUCCUGCCAACGCAGCAGCCGCCCGCUAUAUAGACCCGCUGCCCGCUGCCCGCUGCCGCCCAUCCACUGACCUCGCUGCAUCCCAGCCAACCAGCCAUGGGGAAGAUCACCUUCUACGAGGACUGCGGCUUCCAGGGCCGCCGCUUCGAGUGCAGCAGCGACCACCCCAACCUGCAGCCAUACCUCAGCCGCUGCAACUCCAUCCGCGUGGACAGCGGCUGCUGGAUGCUCUAUGAGCGCCCCGACUACCAGGGCCCCCAGUACUUCCUGCGGCGCGGCGACUACCCCGACCACCAGCAGUGGCUGGGCCUCAGCGACGCAGUCGGCUCCUGCUGCCUCAUCCCCCAGACGGGCUCCCACCGGCUGCGGCUGUAUGAGAGAGAGGACCACAAAGGCCGCAUGAUGGAGCUGAGCGAGGACUGCUCCUGCAUCCAGAACCGCUUCCACCGGGGUGAGGUCCGCUCCCUCCAUGUGCUGGAGGGCUGCUGGGUCCUCUACGAGAUGCCUAACUACCGGGGGCGGCAGUACCUGCUGAGGCCCCAGGAGUACAGGCGCUCCCACGACUGGGGGCCCACGGAUGGUAAGGCUGGCUCUCUGAGGAGGGUGGUGGAUUUAUACUGAAAUCGGUUCAUGCUACCAUUUUCUCAAUUUGGAACCUAAUAAAGUAUUUCGUCUGUA